CAACAACUUGCUUUUUGUUAUUCCAUAGACUGAGGAGCCAUGGAGAGAGAGAACAGCACAGUGGUGACAGAGUUCAUUCUUCUUGGUCUGACCCAGUCUCAAGAUGCUCAACUCCUGGUCUUUGUGCUAGUCUUAAUUUUCUACCUCAUCAUUCUCCCUGGAAAUUUCCUCAUCAUUCUUACUAUAAAAUCAGACCCUAGCCUCACAGCCCCCCUCUACUUCUUCCUGAGCAACCUAGCCUUCCUGGAUGCAUCAUACUCCUUCAUUGUGGCUCCAAGGAUGCUGACAGACUUCCUGGCUGAGCAGAAGGUGAUCUCCUACAGAGGCUGCAUCACUCAGCUCUUUUUCUUGCACUUCCUUGGAGCAGGGGAGAUGUUCCUUCUUGUUGUGAUGGCCUUUGACCGCUACGUUGCCUUAUGUCGGCCUUUACACUAUUCAACUGUCAUGAAACCUAGAGUUUGCUAUGCUUUGUUAUUGGCUCUGUGGCUUGGGGGCUUUGCCCAUUCCAUUGUUCAAGUAGCCCUUAUCCUACAUUUGCCCUUCUGUGGCCCAAACCAGCUGGAUAACUUCUUCUGUGAUGUCCCACAGGUCAUCAAGCUGGCCUGCACAGACACGUUUGUAGUGGAGCUCCUUAUGGUCUCCAAUAGUGGCUUGCUCACCCUGCUGUGUUUCCUGGGUCUUCUGGCCUCCUAUGCUGUCAUCCUGUGCCGUGUAAAGGGGCACUGUUCUGAAGGGAAGAACAAGGCUGUGUCCACAUGUACCACUCACAUUAUCAUCGUGUUUCUCAUGUUUGGACCUGCCAUUUUUAUCUACACUCGCCCCUUCAGGGCCUUCCCAGCUGACAAAGUGAUUUCUGUCUUCCACACAGUAAUUUUUCCUUUGAUGAACCCUGUGAUUUAUACCCUUCGCAACCAGGAAGUAAAAGCUUCUGUGAGGAGGUUGUUGAAUAGGCACAUCGUUUGCUGAAUGGAAUAGGAGAAUGAGAAAAUCAAGAGAUGAGAAAGUCUAACUGACAUUUAUUAAAUUAUUUAUUCAUUCAUGCACUGAAUCAGUCAGUCAUUUAGGAAAUAUGACAUUUAUUAAGCACUUCCAAUUUGCAGGCACUAGUCUAGUCAUAUGAAUGAGACAGGUAAGAUGGUAAGAUUCUGUUUCUCCUGAAAUUACAUUCAAUGGGUAAAUACAGGUUAAAAUAUUAAACAAGCAAAUAACAAUAAUUUCAGAAAGAGACAGUGCCCUGACGCAAGUUGAAAAUAAUGUUAUGCUAGAGUUUGACUGUGGGGAAGAGGUAGUUAGUUUACUUUUGGUUGUCAAGCGAGGUCUUGCUGAGUGGUAUGUUAGCUGAUAUCCAAAUGACAUGAAAGGGUCAACCAUGCAAUUAAAUUAUAGCCAGAGAAAAUGACCAGUAUUCAGACAUGAAGAUCUUAUGAGUUUGAUACAUUUGAAGAUAUAAAGAUCAGAGUAGCUGAAAUGUAGUUAGUACUGUAAAAGUGCCAGAAAUUUCAUGGUAUUGGAGAGACUGGUAGGCAGAAAAUCUUUAAUUUUAGGCAAUGUUAAGAAGUCUAAGUGUGCCCCUUGCUACUAUGGUACCAUUACUUCUAGGCCCUCUCAGC